GCCAUUUUUGCGGUCCUUUCGCCGGCCUGGUCUUUACUGUUUGUAGUAGUUUUUGUGUUGAAGUGAAGGUGCACAAUGGGCUUCGGUGACAUCAAAUCCCCUGCUGGCCUUAAGGUCCUCAACGACUACUUGGCUGAUAAAAGCUACAUCGAAGGGUACGUGCCCUCCCAAGCAGAUGUCGUGGUUUUUGAGGCGCUGUCCAGUCCGCCGCCAUCGGACCUCUUUCACGCCCUUCGCUGGUACAACCACAUCAGGUCUUACGAGAAGGAGAAGUCGAGCCUGCCAGGAGUAAAGAAGCCUUUGGGAAAGUACGGCCCGGCGGAGAUCGAGGACACCACAGCGGCCGACAGCAAGGCGGCGGCAGAGGAGGACGAUGAUGACAUCGACCUGUUCGGCUCCGACGAGGAGGAGGAGAGCGAGGAGGCAAAGAGGAUCAAAGAAGAACGCCUGGCGCAAUACGAGGCAAAGAAGUCGAAGAAGCCGGCGCUCAUCGCCAAAUCCUCCAUUCUCCUUGAUGUGAAGCCUUGGGACGAUGAGACGGACAUGGCGAAGCUGGAAGAGUGCGUUAGGAGUAUCAGCAUGGACGGCCUCCUGUGGGGCUCCUCUAAACUGGUCCCAGUAGGCUAUGGAAUCAAGAAGCUUCAGAUCCAGUGUGUGGUUGAAGAUGACAAAGUGGGCACAGAUCAGCUGGAAGAGCUCAUCACAGGCUUUGAGGACUUCGUCCAGUCGAUGGACGUGGCAGCUUUCAAUAAGAUCUAGGCUGGUCAUUUUCAAGACAAUAAAGCACUUUAAUUUCUG